AUGAUUUUUCUAAUAUUUUUGUGUUUAUCUCAAGAAUCUCACGUUCAAAAUCAAUUUUCUUUAAUAGCACCAACAAAAUUGUGUUAUUUUAUUUAUAAUAACGGAAUAGAAGUUUUGCCAGUGCCAGUAUUUACUUCUUUAAUAAAUGCAAACAGAUUAAAAAAACAUCUUUUAAACAAAAAUUUAAAUGAAGCUGUAAAAUGUUUACACGACGCGAUUUUAGAAGAACCUUGUGAAAAGCUUACAGAUUUUACUACGGAUCUAAAAAAACUAUUACCAUUAAUCAAGGACUUUGAUCAGUUUAACUUCUUUAAUUUAGAAAAUAUUAUAACUAUAGAUUACAUUAUACAGUUUAAUAAAAGAUUUGAAGCUUUAAAUUUAAGAUCUAUUUCCUUGACACCAUUUAAAGAUUUUAUUAAUAAAUAUACUUGUUAUUUGCGGGCUAAUUCGGACCUACGAGAAGAUUGUAGAAAAACAAUACGAGAGAUAAUACUUACUGUUAGAGUUUAUAAAAAUCUUAUUAUUGAGAUAAAAACAAUAUGGUUUGGAUUGGUACAGUUCAUUGAUAGGAUAAACCAAACAUUCUUUUAA